UAGAGACUUCGGUGGCUUGCCGCGAGAUGUGGGCGUAAGACACUCUAUAACCGCUUUUUUGACACGCCAUUCUCGUACUUGCCUGGAGACCUGGGAAUGUGUUCGACGAGGCAAAAUUGAACUCACCGGAAGCAUCAGUGUGGCCAGUCUUCUCCGUAGUAUAAAAGGAUAGACAAGAUUAGACGGCUCACUGUCCAAGCAUGAAGUUCCCGGUAGUGUUUGUCGUGGCCUUCGGCUUCAUCUGCCUGACUGUCACCGAUGCUGACGAAGAGACCGCACAAGGGCCCUUAAAGCACAAGCCGUGCGGUAUUCACGAAGAGUUCAAGGAGUGCCAGAGCAGCAGCUGUGGAGAGUGGCGCUGCGGGGAAGUGCGCGGUGCCCUCAGGCCUUGCACGGAAGACUGCCGGAACGACUGCUUCUGUUCUGAGGAGUACAACCGACAUCCGAACGGCACCUGCGUACCGCAAGACCAUUGCCCACCUUCGGCGGUCGAUCAGUCGGAAGAACCUCGUGGUCAAUCUCGGCGAGUCGCACGUCACGACAAACUCUCGAGCGAGUCCUUCUGUAGCGGCGAGACGGCGUCAACCGGAUUCUGCAGAGUUCAUUGCUACACCGAGUAG